UUGGGAAGCGUAAACAGUUGAGCGACUACGCGUUGGUCUGUGGGAUGUUUGGCAUAAUUGUGAUGGUGAUUGAGACAGAGCUGUCGAGAGGAUUUUACAGCAAGGAGUCCAUGUAUUCAUAUGUACUGAAGGGCCUGAUCAGCCUCUCUACUGCCGUUCUUCUGGGACUCAUUGUGAUGUACCAUGCAAGAGAAAUACAGCUCUUCAUGGUGGACAACGGAGCAGACGACUGGAGGAUAGCAAUGACCUUUGAGCGGAUUUUCUUUGUAGUGUUCGAGCUCCUCAUCUGUGCCAUCCAUCCAAUCCCAGGCCAGUAUGUGUUCACCUGGACUGCUCGACUGGCCUUCAGUUACACAGCAUCAGUGGCGGAUGCUGAUGUUGACAUCAUCCUCUCUGUGCCAAUGUUCAUGCGCCUCUACCUGAUUGGUCGGGUCAUGUUGCUCCACAGCAAGCUGUUCACGGAUGCGUCCUCCCGCAGCAUCGGGGCACUCAACAAGAUCAGCUUUGACACUCGUUUUGUCAUGAAGACUCUGAUGACCAUCUGCCCCGGCACAGUCCUGCUGGUCUUCAGCGUGUCCUGCUGGAUCAUUGCAGCAUGGACUGUACGCGUGUGUGAGAGGUAUCAUGAUGCACAGGAAGUGACCAGUACCUUUCUCGGAGCAAUGUGGCUGAUCUCAAUCACCUUCCUGUCCAUCGGCUACGGCGACAUGGUCCCUCACACCUACUGUGGGAAGGGGGUUUGCCUGCUGACAGGAAUCAUGGGAGCGGGCUGUACGGCUUUAGUGGUCGCCGUUGUUGCACGAAAGUCAGAGCUCACCAGAGCUGAGAAGCACGUCCAUAACUUCAUGAUGGAUACUCAACUGUAUAAAAAGAUUAAAAACACAGCAGCCAAUGUGUUGAGGGAGACAUGGCUCAUCUACAAAAACACUAAGCUGGUCAAGAAGAUUGACCGUGCCAAAGUUCGCCACCAUCAGCGCAAAUUCCUGCAAGCCAUCCACCAGCUGCGGACUGUCAAAAUGGAGCAAAGGAAGCUAACUGAUCAGGCCAACACAGUUGCUGACCUUGCCAAGACUCAGAACAUGAUGUAUGAUCUGGUGUUGGAGCUGCAGCAUCGCAGCGAGGAGCUGGACAGGAGGAUAGCAGCUCUGGAGGAGAAACUGGACUCCAUCCUUCUCAGUGUGCAGUCGCUGCCCAUUGUGCUUUCUCAAGCAAUAACAAAGCUACAAAAGGAUUUCCUGGACGACUUGGCCUGUCGUGUCCACUUCCUGUCGUCCUCCCUGAGCUCCGAGUGCUGCUCGGUCCCUGCCAGGCAGCUCUGUCAAGGACCCACCACACAAGAGACACCAAACAGCUCAUAG